GAGAUGAGUUGCUUGACAGCAGCAAAGCUGGCAGCUUGUUCUGUUCUGGCUUCUAGACUGGAGUGCUAGCGAAAUAUCUGGAAAAUAUUUGUAAGGAAAAGUGUGCCAGGAGUUGACAGCAACAGUCAGAAUUAUGGCGUUCGCAUGGCCGCAACUAUGACACAGAGCUGCAGAGGUGUCGUCUUGAGGCCGCUCUUGUCGAUUUUGGAGACUACCACCCACUCAAACCCAUCAUGGUGACCGAUACAAAGACCCGCCGUGGGACCCGCAAAGGCAGCACCUCUUCCUCUUCAUCCUCCUCUUCCUCAGCACCACCAGACCCUCUGAGCUCCAUGCUGGACGGGACCGACCCCCUGUCCAUGUUUGCCGCGGCCUCGGCCAGCGAGACGCCACCCAUGUCCCACAGCAGCUCCACAGGAGACCUGGGGAGGAGGAAGAGAGAGAAGGAAGAAGAGGCAGUGGGACCAGAUUUUGAACCUUGGUCACUGAAGCGAGGGGAAAUCCUGGCCAGGUUCACCACCACCGAAAAACUCUCCAUAAAUCUGUUCAUAGGCUCUGACAGAGGAAAAGCCACCAGUCAAGGAUCGGCUGUUUCAGAGAAGGUUCGCACUCGUCUGGAGGAGCUGGAUGAUCUAGAGGAGGGCUCCCAGAGAGAGCUGCUGAACCUCUCGCAACAGGAUUACGCCAACCGCAUCGAGGAGCUGAACCAGUCCCUAAAGGAGGCCUGGUCCUCUGACCAGAAGGUCAAAGCCCUGAAGAUUGUCAUCCAGUGCUCCAAGCUUCUGUCCGACAAUUCGGUGAUCCAGUUCUACCCCAGCAAAUUUGUUCUCAUCACUGAUAUCCUUGACACAUUUGGCCGGCUGGUGUACGACAGGAUCUGGACCAUGUGUUCAGACCCACGGCCUUUACCAGAUAAUUUCACAGUUGAAGAUGUGAAUGACACCGCAAAGGAGACGUGCCUCAACUGGUUCUACAAGAUCGCCUCCAUCAGAGAGCUCCUUCCCAGACUCUAUGUUGAAGCUGCCAUUCUCAAGUGCAACCGGUUCCUCAACAAAUCCGGCAUUCAGGAGACCCUUCCUCGGUUGAGUGCCAUGGUCAGAGGGAUUGGAGACCCUCUGGUGGCUGCAUAUGCCAGAGCUUACCUCUGCAGGGUGGGCAUGGAGGUGGCCCCCCACCUGAAAGACAGCCUGAACCGCAACUUCUUCGACCUGCUCGGCACUUUUCGACAGAUCAGCAGCGAGAACGUCCGGGCCCAGCUGGUGCUGCAGAGGGUGGAGAUGCCCGAGUACCUGACACUCUACUCACCUGCCAUCAGCUGGAUCCUGCAGUGUAUCGCGUACAGAGCUCCAGAGUCUCUGCUAACAGAGAUGAUGGAGAGAUGCAAAAAACUGGGAAACAAUGCUUUGCUUUUGAAUUCAGUAAUGAGGGCGUUCAGGCCAGAGUUUGUUGCAGCCAGAGCCACAGACUUCAUCGGUAUGAUCAAAGACUGCGACGAGGCCGGCUUCCCAAAGCAUCUGUUGUUUGGCUCUCUGGGUCGCAGCCUGGCGUCUGCCGAUCCUCCAGAAUCCGAGAGGCUGACGAUCCUGAAUGAAGCCUGGAAAGUCAUCACCAAAGUCCGCAGUCCUCAGGACUACAUCAACUGUGCUGAAAUCUGGGUGGAGUUUACCUGCAGACACUUUACAAAACGGGAGGUCAACACGAUUUUGGCUGACAUCAUCAAACACAUGACCCCUGACCGAGCAUUCGAGGACGCCUACCCUCAGCUGCAGUCGGUGAUCAGGAAGAUCCUCACCUACUUCCACGACUUCUCUGUCCUCUUCUCCAUGGAGCGAUUCCUGCCGUUCCUGGACAUGUUCCAGAAGGACAGCGUGAGGGUGGAGGUCUGCAAAUCCAUCAUGGAGGUCUUCAUCAAACACCAGGUGGAGCUCACCAGAGACCCGGUGAUCCUCAACGCCAUGCUGCACAUCUGCAAGACCAUGCACGACUCUGUCAAUGCUCUUACUCUCGAAGACGAGAAAAGAUCUUUGGCUCUGCUGAUCAUCGGCUUCAUCCGCAUGGUUUCCUUUGGUCGUGACUUUGAGCAGCAGUUGAGUUUCUGUGUGGAGGCUAGAGCCACCUUCUGUAACCUGGAGCCUGUCCUGGUGCAACUCAUUCAUACGGUGAACCAGCUGGCCAUGGAGACCAGGAGGGUGAUGAGAGGGAAUCACUCCCGCAAGACCGCUGCUUUCGUCAGAGCAUGUGCCGCCUACAGUUUCAUCACCAUCCCGUCUCUCAGCAGCAUCUUCAGUCGACUCAGCCUCUACCUGUUGUCCGGUCAGGUUGCUUUGGCCAAUCAGUGUCUGUCCCAGGCCGAUGCUUUCCUAAAGGCAGCCGUAAGCAUUCUUCCGGAGGUUCCUCGCUCCAUCAGCGUGGAGGGAAAACUUCGCUCUUCUGAAAGCUUCCUCGUGGACUUUAUCAACAGCUUCUUGGCAACGCUGCUGGUUAUCCCGGACCAUCCAGAGCAUGGGGUGCUCUACUUAGUCCGGGGUCUGCUCAACAUGGUCCAGGAUUAUACCUGGGAAGACAACAGCGAUGCAAAGGUGCGGGUUUACAUCAGUGCUCUGCCCCUGCUGGCAGCCAUGAGCCAGGAAACCUAUCUGUACUCUAUCCCCAAAGUGGAUUCUAAUGACACGCUCUAUGGCGGAGAUCCCAAAUUCCUAUCAGAGAUCAACAAGCUGUGUGAGACUCUGAUUGGACAGAUCCUCGACCACCUGAAGACACUCGGUCGUGAUGAGCAGAGCACACGCCGCCAGGGCGCUCUGGCCUUCUCCCUGUUUGGUGUCCUGCUGGCUCACGGUGAUCUGAGGAACAACAAGCUGAGCCAGCUGGCAGUCAACCUUUGGAACCUCAGCCACAAACAUGGAUGCUGCGAGACCCGCACCUCCGUUCGGACUCUGGAGUUCAUCAAACAUCAGACUCAGCAGCCGGACAUGACUCAUCUGUCAGAUAUGGUCCAGAGGCUCACGCUGCAGUCUCGCACCUGAGCUCCACACUCAAUGACGUGUUACACUGCUCAAUUUAAAUUUGUGUAAAUAAAACCUAACAAAGGAAUUUUA